AGAAAAGAGGGUUGACAAGACAAGAGAGAGAGAGAGAGAGAGAGAGAGAGAGAGAGAGAGAGAGAGAGAGAGAGAGAGAGAGAGAGAGAGAGAGAGAGAGAGAGAGAGAGAGAGGAGAGAGAGAGAGAGAUACAAGAAGGGUGUUGUACCCUCUACAGUAGGAUCCACAAUUGUAGAACACCUAACAA